GUUUCCUUUCGGCACGUUUUACCUAAUAUCAUUUCCUGCAGUGCUUGUUUUACCCAGAAAGUAAAAUUCAGACAAAUAAUUACGUGUAAAAGAUAUAAAGCUAAAGGUUGUGUGUAGCUGACGUUUUAAACCGCCACCCCUGCGUCUUCAGUAACUACAGUGAGUCCGGAGCACAGUGCGGUCUAACGGCCCACACUCAACAUGUCCGCCGCGAAGGUCCACAUUAGCUCAGUAGGAAUGCGGUAGGCGGGGCUGCUACGCUCGUGUCAAACUUUGGGAAUGACAGGAGUGCUGCAGGAUUCGCAAAGAAGGGGAAGUGUCGCCCUUGUUGGUCCUGUUUGGAUUACUUUGACUUCUUUUUACGCACAGUCUUUGGAUUCACGACCUUUCUACAGAUAGCACGGCCUCAGCACACUCCUCAGCCAUGUCGGAGGACCUGAGCUCCCAACCCUGGUCCAUCAACAAAGAUGAUUAUGAGCUACACGAGGUGAUUGGGAGUGGGGCCACAGCAGUGGUUCAGGCAGCCUACUGUUUACCACGCAAGGAAAAGGUGGCCAUCAAACGCAUCAAUCUCGAGAAGUGCCAGACUAGUAUGGACGAACUUCUGAAAGAGAUCCAGGCCAUGAGCCAGUGCCACCACCCCAACAUUGUGUCUUACUACACCUCGUUCGUGGUGAAGGAUGAGCUGUGGCUGGUCAUGAAGCUGCUCAGUGGUGGCUCCGUACUGGACGUGAUCAAGCAUAUCAUCUCACGAGGCGAACACAAGACAGGCGUAUUGGACGAGGCCAGCAUAGCCACGGUGCUGAAAGACGUGCUUGAAGGCCUGGAGUAUCUACACAAGAAUGGACAGAUCCACAGAGAUCUUAAGGCUGGAAACAUUCUCCUUGGGGAUGAUGGUUCAGUGCAAAUUGCAGACUUUGGCGUCAGUGCCUUUCUAUCCACAGGUGGUGACAUCACUCGAAAUAAAGUGCGCAAGACGUUUGUGGGAACACCAUGCUGGAUGGCCCCAGAGGUCAUGGAGCAGGUGAGGGGUUACGAUUUCAAAGCAGAUAUUUGGAGUUUUGGGAUCACAGCCAUUGAGCUUGCCACGGGGGCCGCACCUUAUCACAAAUACCCGCCAAUGAAGGUCUUGAUGCUGACACUGCAGAAUGACCCCCCCACCUUGGAGACCGGCAUCGCAGACAAGGAGAUGGUGAAGAAAUACGGCAAAUCCUUCAGGAAGAUGAUCUCCAUGUGUCUACAGAAGGACCCAGAGAAAAGGCCGACAUCCUCAGAGUUGUUGAAGCAUAAAUUCUUUCAGAAAGCAAAGACUCAUGAGUAUUUACAUGAGAGGUUGCUUCAGAGGGCGCCCACAAUAGGAGAGAGAUCGAAAAGGGUACGUCGAGUGCCAGGCUCAAGCGGUCGGCUGCAUAAAACGGAGGACGGCGAAUGGGAAUGGAGUGACGAUGAGCUGGAUGAGGAAAGCGAAGAGGGCAAAGCAGCUGUUGCUGCCUUGAGGUCACCAAGAGUGAAGGAGGGAUCACAGAACUCUGAGGUUUUCCAGACUCCUGAGCCUUUAAGUAGUCAACUCCAGCCGAUGGCCGCGGGUCAGGCAGAACUACCUCAGGCUGCAGGUCAGAUUCCACUGCAGCCCACACCAGUCAACACUCAACCCACUGCCCAGGCUACAUCUCCCACACCAGGCGUACCCGCUGCUGCUGCUGCUGCUCCCACACAGGUGCAAGCCACCUCAGGGAAUGUCAAGGCUCCCAUUAGUUUGGUAUUAAGGUUAAGAAAUUCAAAGAAGGAGCUAAAUGACAUCCGCUUUGAAUUCAUGCCAGGGAGAGACACAGCAGAUGGUGUGUCCCAGGAGUUAGUGUCAGCAGGUCUGGUGGACGGGAGGGACUUAGUAAUAGUUGCUGCAAAUUUGCAGAAAAUAGUUGAUGAGCCUCAAGCCAAUAAAAAUGUCACUUUCAAACUGGCCUCUGGAAUCGAGGGAUCUGAAAUACCAGAUGACAUCAAAUUGAUGGGCUUUGCUCAGCUCAGCAUUAGUUAAACUGUUGUACUACCUGGGACCGUGACUUGCCUAAAAAAUGUGAAAAUUUAAAAAAAAAAAAAAAAAAAAUAGUUAAAUGCAUUUUUUCUUUCGAUGGCUGUAAAGAAACCACUACUGCCAAAGAAAACAGUACCGUUUUGUCGCCCAUAGGAUUAUACGACGCCGCCUCGUCGAAUGAUGUGGUCGGCUGAAGUAUCAGAGCGUACAGUAUAAGAAUCACUCAAAAAAAAAGUUUACAGCGUAUAUGUAGAAGGAUGCAAGUAUCUACAACAAACAGUUUUCCAUUCUGGUCUCCCUCAUCUUGUCAUUAUUUUUUUCUCUCUAAUAUGUGAUGCAUUUGCACAAUCUGAACUAACGCCCUUGAAUCCUGAUAAGUGUAACAAUGCCUUAUAUUCAUCAGAACUACUGAAUGCACGUUUUUUGGGGACGUCCCCAGUUACCAUAUGGAGCAUUAUGUUGUCUGAAAUGUACAAAUGUGGUUUCAGCUGCUCGUGUUAAACUUUUUACUUUAUUUUGAGAGGAGGUAAGAUGCAGCUUAUAAUGCCAACUAGAGUUCAAAUUUAGGGGACUAAUGUACUUAACAAAUGUAGCGUGAAACCACUCCAUCAGAAGGAUGUGAACACUCCUAUCAGUAACAGUCUUUAAAGGGUAAGGCUAGUUUUAUUCUGUUUUCUUAUUGUCGACAAACGCAGUGAAAAGACCAAAACCAACAUAGUCUGUAUAUAAAUAAUUUCUUAAAACAGCUGGACACUGUAGCUUUUAUCAAAUAUUACUCAAACAAAAUUAAGUAGUUUAUUUGUUGGGGACUAUUUUCAGCUGCGGAUUAAUACAUUUGGGGCUCUAGUGACCACAGCAGCAGGAUGGCGUAUGUGGGAUUGACCCAGAAUAAAGACAGUGCCCAUGCUCCUCAUGAACAAAGGUGUCGCUCAAUUACUACGUUUACAUGCACAAGAUACUCUGUUUUCCGCCCUUAUUUUGAAAGAAUCCUACUAAGCUGUUAAUAACUAAUGAAAGUGAAUAUUCAACCAGUAUUCCUAUUAACUUGCUCUAACAUGUCGCUUAUCACGUCAAAACGUAGAACAGUGGAGCUUCUUUAUUUCUCCAACCACCUUCUUGAAAAGGUCAGCGUUUCGAUUUUUGUGCAUAGCCAACAAAUUGUUGAUAUUCAAGUCUAAUAUAAUGUUUAAAUUUAGGUGUGUUUCUUUUUUCUUGACCAGAAAUGUGGGCUAUUCUUGCAACUCUAUCCCAGCACUGCAAACUGUUGACAAGUUGGUUUGUGUACAACAUAUCCAUGACAACGCACAGAGCCGACGAGAAGCAGACAAGUAAAAACUGAGGUAAAAACCUCAGUUGAGAUUCCAAAUUCACUAUAUACGUGCCCAAAUGCUAAUAAAACCUGAAUAAUACCAGUAUAUCCCACGUCUUGAUUAAAAAACAAUAAAUUCAGAAUCUAUGUCUUUAUAUGACCUGUCUCAAAUUCAGAAUACUGUCAUAUUCGUAAUAAUAGUGGAAUAUUAGUGUGCAUGUAAACAUACGGUUAUAUAUCGUUAAUAGUAUUUGGGCAACAAUAACACAAUUCAAAAAGUUGUGAAUAUUUCCAGUCUUAUCCUUUUAAAUAUUGAUACGACCAGAGUGAUUAAAAGCACAGUCUCCUGAUGAAAGAUGAAAACUGUGAGACAAUUUAAUGGAGCUGGUGUGAAAUUAUUGCACAUUACAGAUUGUCCAGUAAUUCAAAUUGAUAUUAAGGUCAACAAAUGUUCCUAAUUUGUGAAACUUAGAUGAUUAGGGAAAAACUUCUGUCUUCAUUUUUACCGUUUCUAAGUUUGCCUCCUCUCAUUUCACACAGGACACUGGCCUGAUUAUAUGUUGAAAUUAUAAUGAAGUGAAAACGUCUGGCGUCAGCUGAAACCACACGUGUUGUAUGAGCAGAUGUGUCUGUCUGUUGGUAUUAGUUUGUGUCUCUUUGGAAUCAGUUUCUUAAAUUUGGAAGGAAAAAAAAAGACUUAAGUGCAUUUUUGUUUAUGUGGAUGAAACAUAAGUACUUGAUUUAACCUCUAGUCUGUAAAUAAUGACAUUUGGCUUUGAUUUGUUUUUAUACUGGGUGUUUCACUCUCGGCCUUGUUUCUGUCCUAUGACACGACUGUGGGUUGUAGCCAUGCGCGAAGGAAGACGACGACACCGCAAAUUUGGCUUUGAACUCAUCCUGUUGGACAUACUGUUACUUACUCUGUCGUGUAUGACGCAUCUUUACAUUAAGAAGAAAAAGGUUUUCACUUUUUGCCUUUUGAGAAGUUUGAAUAUAUUUUACCGUGGAGCUACAGCUGUCCUGAUGCACUGCUUUAAUGCCACCUUAAAGUUCCCCCAAUUUUGACCUGAGUGACAGCAAAUCUGUCUCCAGCUCUUAAUAAUACCAAGUGGAGGCUGUUUACAGUACUUAUUUUAAUCCACCUCUGAAGUCGUGAAGCUGCUUUAUCACUUGUUAAUCAUCUUUUAAACGGCUAAAAUGAAGAUUUUACGUCCUACAGCUGUGAUUGUAGACGUUAUGAACGAUCAGAAAUGUGAUUCAGAUGCAGAAGGCCGUUAUCAGUGCAGUCACAUCCUUACAGCCUAGCCUCUGGAUGUUUUUGUGUGUUAGUGACACGGUUUGAUACUGAAUGUUCAACUCGCAGUUUUUGGCACCGACGGCAGUGGGAGGUUCGUUUAAUACUGCUCUAAUGUGUAGAUCUGAAAUGCCAGCAAGGUUUUACUGUUUCAUUAGGUGACGUGAAAAUGUCAUAACCCUCCAGAUGCCAUAUUGAAUGAAAAUGAAUGCAUUAUUUUUGCUUGCAGAUACAAUGUUACGAGGACAUUUUUGUAUUUUGACUUUAAACAUGUUGAAAUUUUACGCUAGCCUUAAAUUGAAAACGACCAAGUGUUUUUUUUUUCUUUGUUUUUUUUUUUUUUUUUGAUGUAACAUUGAGGAUUUGAUUCAGAUUUUCAGUGUGUUUGAAUUGUAGUUCUUGUGACACGUGAAGAUACCUGAAUAAAGAUAUACAGGUGUGUCGA